AUUUAAUUUACACUGUCAUGUUUUUUUGUUUUGUUUUUUGUGAUUCAGGUUUAAAAACAAAAACGUUUCGGUUGUUUUCAGGUUCAGUUAUGGCUACUGCUGCUAACGCCUAGCUACUUAGAUGGGGCUGGAGAGAGGAAGUGGAGUUUGGCUUACGUUGAGAGCGAAGUGGGCAGAGCCGCUGAAGGAUAUCAGCUCAGGCGGAGGCAGAGAGGAGGACACACACAACAAGAGGAGCGAGGCGUCGACAGCGGAGAGAGGAGGAAGGGCGGUACGAUGCAGCCGAAAGACCCACCAAAACGACGAAAAUCGCCCGAAAAUGCGACACAGACUCGGGCAGAUGACGGCGGAUAGACACGGCCUGGGGAGAAUGGGUAUCCCCUUGAUGGUUCGCAAAUUGCGUCAAAGACGGAAGCGGGUCACCUGACCUAUGCUAAAUGGGUUGCCACGUAGCCAACGAGGAGUCGUGACUUGGCAGAAUCGCGCGAUUUGCACAGCAAUGCGGAUUUCGGAGACCUGCACUGGUGUGAAGAUUCUCGAAAUUUGAAGAAAAAGAAGACAACUCUACCCCAUUCAACUGGAUAUUGCUGAAGUGGAGACAGCGUUGUUUAACGUGAAGAUUGCAAGUGAUUUGGCAGUUAGCCAAAUUUUGACAAGACGAAACUGUUUUCUGACUGGACUUUGACGUUUGGAUUUUUUAUUUUUUAUUUUUUUACGUCAACGUGGACACUGUGGAACACCGCUGCUGGCUGUGCAGCGGACUUGUCAAAAACAUUACAUUGUUAAUUUUUUUUUUGGGAAACACAAAAUCCGCAUUUGUACAUUUGAUAUUCAAAUGUUGUUUUUAAAUAAAGUGUAUGUCCUCGUAUUUUUUUUUCCUGGCUUUGUUUCAUUAGCUAAUUAACAAGAGAAUCACAAGAGGAUGUUUGGCGUAAUAUUUAGCUAACGUUGAAGUCCCAUUGGCUCGGCUGUUGGUUUUAAUAUUUACGCUAAUCUAUACAACAAAUUAACUUGGGUUUGCACCGACUUAUCAUCAAGGUUUUCCCAUUUAUUUUAUAAACUAGCCAAAUGCAAAGCUUCGUAUUAGGUCUGUUUCGGGUGUAGCUAUACGAAGUAAAUAAUUCAAAUGGUGAAUUAAGGAGAAAAUGUUUGAUUUAAAAAUGCAAACUUGUGCUUAAAUAAAUCUUAAUCAAAUCAAUCAAAGGAGCUGAAUACUCCUAUAUUUUCUAUAAGUUGCAUUGAAAGUAGUUGAGAAGGUUUUAGUCUGGACAAUAAUGUUUUCCAAAGACUCUCUAAAAUGGCUCCCAGUUGUUCUUCUUCCUGUCUGAACAGGAAGUGAUGCACUUGGUGCAAAAUAAUUACUCACUUUUUAAACAGCCUCUCAAUAUUCUUACCCUUUUUUUUAAUAUAUCAAGUAUAAAGGAAAGAUUUCAAACUCAAAGCUUGUGUGCUCUGGAGCUGAAAAUGUAUGUAAGUUUUUAAUGAAAAAGCCAAAUUUAAACAUAAUAAAAGGGGUGGGACUUAAACAUCACCUGAGUGUGGUGUAAAUGGAAAUAACGUCAAUCAAAGGCAAAGCUUUCAGAGCUAGGAAGGAGCUCUAGAUGGCGGCUGAGCCUUGGGAAGGGUGCCAUAGGCUUUCGUCAGACCGUUUCUCUCGCCUGUUUUUCGACCGAAACCGCUCGAUUUCGACUGAAAUACGAGGGAUUUAAUCGUACGAUCGGUGUUUUAGCGUGAAUUUAGGCGUUUCGUGUGGUUUUUGUGCUGGUUUUUCGAGCCGAGCGAGCCGUCUGUGCUUGGGGGAAGAGAGUGCUUGUCGUUGUUUUCCAUACUGGGCUCUGGCAGCCAUGGCGCGCCUCCAUUUUUAGUCUGCUGCUCGCGUCUGUCGCUCUUGAGUCUGACAGUAGAUGAAGACUGUAAAGGCCUUCAAGCUUUUUUUUGAAACAAGCCUCUUCUUUUUUUGUAAUUUAUCAAGUUGUUGUUUUUUAUUUUACAGCUUGUUAAUUUUAUCCGAGUCGGGCUGAAGGAAAAAAAACUAGUGAUAGACCGAGAACGAUGAAUCUAAUAGUUCAUUUAUAGGUUACCACCUUUCUUCACAUUGAAUUGGUCUGUUUACAUUGUGUAGUGCAUAGUUUACUGAUUUUCUCAUCCUUAAGUCUUAUUUUUCUAACCCUUUAUCCGAUGACGCAGUUACAAUUAAUUGCAUGCGUCUCGGAUCCGUGGACUAUAUAGAAAGACACAAGUUGGCUAUUUAAACUUAUUGUGUUACCACCUGUCAUUUUUCAUCGCUAUAUUUACAUUAGCGAUGCAUGUGAUGAUCCUCAGAUCUGUCGAUUUAAUGCCUUUUUUCUCAACUCGUGUCGCACCGACUGGGUUUUAACUGCCACCUGAGCAAAAGCCAGCCUGUCUUGUGGGACUUGUAUGAUAGUUCAUGCUUAACUUUUUGACAGUAAAUACCAGGACAAAAACACCAACCUGUCCACAGAUUGUCAGGAUAAUACCAUGAUGAAGAGUAAAAGUAAAAAACAAGAGGAUGAAGGAUCGACUCAAAGCAAUGCAUCAAGCAAUUCAGCUUCGGAAGAAUCCAACCGCUCUGCAUCGGAGUCGGGAAGUCAGUCAGAGAGCGAGCAUGGCAGUGAGAGGAGGAGAUCCCACAACUCCGAGUCAAACAGCUCUUCAGAGUCAGAGAGUCACUCAGAGUCAGAGAGCGAGUCUGCAGAGUCCAAAUCACAGCAAACCACAGCAGAAGUCAAAGACAAGCCAGUUAGAAAGAAGGAGCGUCUGGCAGAUGUGAAGAAGAUGUGGGACGAACAUCCAGAUGUGUACGGGGUCAGGAGAUCAAAUCGCAGUAGACAGGAGCCGGCUCGUUUAAACAUUGGAGCUGGGGGCAGCAGUGACUCUGAGAGUGAAAGUCCCAAGAGGAAAACGUCACGAGCUAAGAAAAAGGAAAAUACCUGGAAAGAUGAUGACUCAAAUGAUGAUGAAGAGGAGGAGGAGGAGGAGGAGGAGGCUUCCGACAUUACAGACAGUGAGCAGGAAGAGAAAAAAGUUAGAUCCAGACGACUUCCUGCUAGAAGACCUCAAACCAAAUCUUCAGCAGUCAAAAAGCAGCUCUCUCAGAAAGGACGGAAGUCCAGGAAACAGGACUCGUCCGCUGAAGACGAUGACGAAGAAGACGACGACGAUGAUGACGAUGACGACGAGGACGACACUCCAAAGAGACAGACUCGAAGAAGGGGUGCGACCAAAGUCAAAAGUUACAAAGAGGACCAGCAUGACUUUGAAACAGACUCUGAUGACCUGAUUGAAAUGACCGGAGAAGCAGGCGAGGAGCAGCAGGACGAUGACAGCGAGACCAUCGAGAGGGUUCUGGACACACGGACAGGCAAAAAAGGAGCCACCGGGGCGUCCACUACUGUGUAUUCUCUGGAGGAAAAUGGGGACCCGGGUGAAGGCUUUGACCUUGAGAACGAUGAAGGGGAAACUCAGUAUCUCAUCAAGUGGAAGGGCUGGUCCUACAUCCACAACACGUGGGAGAGCAUAGACUCUCUGACGCAGCAGAAGGUCAAAGGCCUGAAGAAACUGGACAACUUCAAAAAGAAACACGAAGAGCUGACUUCAUGGUUGAGGAAAGCGUCGCCUGAGGAUAUCGAGUUUCAUAACUGCCAACAGGAGCUCACUGCUGACUUAAGCAAGCAGUUUCAGUUCGUGGAGCGUGUGAUCGCAACAAAAACAGGAAAGACUCCAGGAUCCUCCGACUUCCCCUCUCAUAGUCACAAGACACCGUCCUCCAAUGAGCCAGAAUAUCUAUGCAAGUGGAUGGGCUUGCCGUAUUCAGAGUGCAGCUGGGAAGAUGGAGCUUUGGUUAAGAAGAAGUUUCAGCCCUGCAUCGACAGCUUCAUGAACCGAAACUCCUGUAAAACCGUCCCCUCUAAAGACUGCAAGGUAAAAGUGUUGAAGCAAAGGCCGAGGUUUGUUGCGCUGAAGAAACAACCGCCAUACAUCGGAGACGAUAACCUUCAGCUGAGAGAUUAUCAGCUGGAUGGCUUGAACUGGUUGGCUCACUCAUGGUGCAGGUGCAACAGUGUUAUCCUCGCUGAUGAGAUGGGACUCGGAAAGACCAUCCAGACCAUCUCCUUCCUGUCCUACUUAUUUCACCAGCAUCAGCUGUACGGACCCUUCUUACUGGUGGUGCCCCUCUCCACGCUCACCUCCUGGCAGAGGGAGUUUGAUACCUGGGCCCCGGACAUGAACGUGGUGAUCUACCUCGGUGACGUCAUGAGCAGGAAGACAAUCCGUGACUACGAGUGGGUGAACCAUCAAACGAAAAGAAUCCGUUUCAAUGCACUAUUAACCACUUAUGAAAUUCUACUCAAAGACAAGGGCGUGCUUGGAAACAUCAACUGGGCGUUCUUGGGUGUGGAUGAAGCUCACAGGCUGAAGAAUGAUGACUCUCUGCUGUAUAAAACAUUAAUGGAGUUCAGGUCUAACCACAGACUCCUCAUUACUGGCACACCUCUGCAGAACUCCCUCAAAGAGCUCUGGUCACUGCUGCACUUCCUCAUGCCUGACAAGUUUGACUCCUGGGAGGAUUUUGAGGACGAGCACGGUAAAGGAAGGGAUAACGGUUAUCAGAGUCUUCACAAAGUCCUCGAGCCGUUCCUUCUGCGACGUGUCAAGAAAGACGUGGAAAAGUCUCUUCCUGCCAAGGUGGAGCAGAUCCUCCGCGUAGACAUGACAGCACAGCAGAAACAGUUCUACAAGUGGAUUUUAACAAGGAAUUACAAAGCUCUUUCCAAAGGCACCCGAGGCAGCUCCUCCGGCUUCCUCAACAUCGUUAUGGAGCUCAAAAAGUGCUGCAACCACAGUUUCCUUAUUAAACAGCCUGAGGAGGGAGAAAACGAAACACAACAGGAACACAUGCAGGUUCUCGUAAGGGGCAGCGGGAAGUUAGUGCUGCUCGACAAGCUGCUGACCAGACUCCGAGAAAGAGGCAACCGAGUCCUGAUCUUCUCCCAGAUGGUCAGGAUGUUGGACAUCCUCGCUGAAUACCUCGCCAAGCAUCGCUACCCAUUCCAGCGACUGGACGGCUCCAUAAAGGGAGAAAUCCGAAAGCAAGCACUUGACCACUUCAAUGCCGAAGGCUCAGAGGACUUCUGCUUCCUGUUGUCCACCAGAGCCGGAGGUCUAGGGAUCAACUUAGCCUCGGCAGACACUGUAGUCAUCUUCGACUCCGACUGGAACCCUCAAAACGACCUGCAGGCACAAGCCAGGGCUCACAGGAUCGGACAGAAGAAACAGGUGAAUAUUUACCGACUGGUCACCAAAGGGACAGUGGAGGAGGACAUCAUCGAGAGGGCAAAGAAGAAGAUGGUUUUGGACCAUCUGGUCAUUCAGAGAAUGGACACCACCGGUCGGACUGUGUUGGACAGCAACGCAGGAAACACAAACUCAAACCCGUUUAAUAAAGAAGAACUGACCGCCAUCCUUAAGUUUGGUGCAGAGGAGCUCUUCAAGGAGGCAGAAGGAGAGGAGUCUGAACCACAGGAGAUGGAUAUCGAUGAGAUCCUAAGGUUGGCUGAAACGAGAGAAAGCGAUCAGGGCUCGAGUGCUACAGAUGAACUUCUAUCACAGUUUAAGGUGGCCAAUUUCUCCAGCAUGGAAGAGAGCACUGCAGAGUUCGAGGGAAGGCCAAUACGAGAAUGGGAUGAUAUCAUCCCCGAAGAGCAGCGGCGUAAAAUUGAGGAGGAGGAGAAGCAGCGGGAGAUGGAAGACAUCUUCAUGCUGCCCAGAAGCAGGAGCUCUAACAAGAGGGCUCAGGCCAAUGAUAGCGACAGCGAUGUGGGCUCCAAGCUGAAGCCCCACUCCUCGGGCUCCGAGAGCGAGACCGACGACAGUGAUGACGAAAAGAAGCCAAAGAAGAGAGGCCGGCCCAGAGCGCGCAAGAACAACGUGGAGGGCUUCACUGAUGCAGAGAUACGAAGGUUCAUCAAGGCGUACAAGAAAUUUGGAGCUCCACUUGAAAGGUUGGAGGCCAUCGCUCGAGACUCUGAGCUGGUUGACAAAUCCAUCGCAGACCUGAAGAGGCUCGGUGAACUGAUUCAUACGAGCUGUGUGACUGCAGUGCAGGAGCACGAGGAACACCUCAAAGAGAACCCCGUUGAAGCCAAAGGUCCUGGCAAACGUCGAGGAAUUAACAUCAAGAUCUCAGGAGUGCAGGUCAACGCCAAGUCCAUCAUCCAGCAUGAGGAAGAGUUCGAGCCUCUGCACAAAGUUGUGCCCUCCAACCCUGCUGAGAGAAAUAAGUUCAAGCUGACUUGCAGGGUCAAGGUAGCCCACUUUGAUAUAGACUGGGAUCCGGAGGACGACAUUCAGCUCUUGCUUGGUAUCUACGAGCACGGCUUUGGCAACUGGGAUCUGAUCAAGACGGAUCCUGACCUUAAACUCGCAGAUAAGAUUCUCCCAGAUGAUCCAAGCAAGAAGCCUCAGGGCAAGCAGUUGCAGGCGAGAGCCGAGUAUCUCCUCAAGCUGCUGAAAAAGGAACAAGACAGCGCAGACUUGUCUAAAACAGGGGAGGAGGUCAAAGUGAAGAAGAGGAAGCCUCGGGCGAAAAAGGAGAAUAAGAUUCUUAAAGACGAGCAGGGCAACGACAUCUCCUCCCCACGCCUGUCGGACAACCCGUCAGAGGAGGGCGAGGUCAAGGACGAUGGAACAGAGAAGUCUCCCGCCAAGAAAAGACAAAAGAAAAAGGAUAACAAAGAGAACAAAGAAAAACAGGGAACUCCCAAAAAGGAGAAGGAUGGAGACAAAGAAAAAAAGGGUGCCAAGCCCAGAAAAGAAAAGGCUAAAGCACCCAAAGGAAAGAAGACCCAAGGUCCAGUCCACAUCACAGCUGGGUCCGAUCCUGUCCCCAUUGAAGGAAAGGAGGAUGAUGAACUGGACCAGGAGACUUUCAGUAUUUGUAAGGAGCGCAUGAGGCCGGUGAAAAAGGCCUUGAAGCAGCUGGAUAAACCAGAUGAGGGUCUGUCGGACCAGGAGCAGCUCCAGCACACUCGCACAUGCCUACUGAAGAUUGGUGACCGAAUCACAGAGUGCCUUAAAGCCUACAGUGACCCCGAACACGUCAAAAUAUGGCGAAGAAACCUCUGGAUAUUUGUGUCUAAGUUUACAGAGUUUGGAGCAAGAAAACUUCACAAGCUUUACAAAAUGGCACAGAAGAAGCGAUCACACGAGGAAGAGAAGGAGCAGAAGAAGAAGGAGGAUCCUGCGGGGAGGGUCAAAACCUUCAGACCGGAACCGUCUGGUUCCAGUCGAGACUCCACGGGGACUCAGCCGACCUCCAAAGCUGGAUCUCACUCAGCUCAGCCAGGCUCCCACGGACACCACAGAGAACCGUACAACGCUAAUAAGCGGCACUUUGGCAACGAUGAUAGGGGCGACUGGCAAAGGGACCGUAAAUACAACUACCCAGGUAACAGCAACCAGUCAUGGCAGGGAGACCGACAUCAUCCCUACGACCCGCAUCGCUACAAGGACCACUACGGCGAUCGGCGUUCACACGGAGACUCGUACCGCAGCUCGAGCAGUUACCGCAACAACAGCUCCCCUCGAAAAAGGCCGUACGACCAGUACAGCAAUGACCGAGACCACAGAGGUCACAGACCGUAUUACGACAGGCAUCCGGACCCCAAAAGAAGACGUGGUGAUGAAUUCCGUCCCAACUACCACCAGGGAAGGGAAGGCCCUCUCCAGGACUUCCGGAGGAUGCCGGAGCACAGGCCAGCACCUGGCCCACCUGGGUCGGAGCACUACGGCCGGCCCUUCCACUCCGACAAACCUCUUCCGCUGCUGGACCCUCGCUCCCCGCAGGCUCAGAAAUCUCCACAGGACUCCCGCUCUCCACCCGAGCGGCCCGUAGAGCCGAACCCCGCGGCAGAUCCGAGCUGGAACAACAGGAAAACAUAAAAAUAUGCCAGUGCUGGCUGAGAAACUUAUCUGGAUGUAUUUUGUUUUUGUUUUUUUUGUGUUUUUUUUGUUUUUUUAAUCCAGGGUCAAAGCCACAUGCUGCUGAUAGACAAGUCUGGAUUCGCCAAUCAUAAGCUCACAGUUGGAAAGGGAAUCAACUUGUACCCUCUUUACCAGCAGAACUGUUUUGCUCUUUUCCCCAAGUGACUGUGGCAGUGAAUGAUUUGUGCCCUGAAGGAAGACGUUUGUUUCCUUCUGUCAUCUUCAUGAUGGAAAGGAAAAAAAAAAGCUAAAACAAGCAUCUUUAUUUAAAAGAAUUGACUCAAUCAGUCAACCAUGACUAAGACUUGAGUGGAACGCUGAUGGAUGCUUAGUCCCAUGGACUAUUAUCUAAGGAGAAUUUAGGAUACGUGAACUGACUGACUGAUCUCAAUCCUAAAAGUGCCUGAAGGUUUUUGGCCUUUUUGAAUGGUAAGUGUAUGGGAAUAUUCCCAGAGGACGCAUGACAUGGACACUUCAUUUUUUUUAUUUUUUUUUUGUGUUUAGCUUUAAGUCUUGCAAAUGAUGUCAUUUCAAAGAUUUCAGUACAAAAGAAUGUGUAACGUAUUGUCAUCUGCACCUUCAAAAUGUUUAUCUUUCAACAUGUAGCCAAGCUGGAUCACCAAGUAUCAUCACCAUGUGGGUUAAAAAAAAAAAAAUGGUGGCGAGACACGGCGGCCUAAUUCUCUUCUUCUUUUUUUUUGGAAAUUUGAAUGAUCAAUGAAGCCAGUAUGUUUCCUCUAAGCACUCAAACUGUUUUUAGCAAACUUAAAUUUCUCACGUGUACAAAUAAUCAUUAUUUCUGUAAUUGUGUAGCUAUAUUAAAAAAAAAAUCAUCGCUUUGUUCACUUUAACCACUUUCCUCUUCGUAGGCCCGAUGAAAUGGAGGCUUUGUAAGCAGUAUUUAUUGCAGCGGCUUGUGCAAAGGUUCAUAACACUGACACUAUGGCGUAGAAUUUAUCCUUUAUGUUUGCCUUUCAGUAUUAAGCUGGUUAGGAAUGGUACUUCAGUGUAGUUUGAGUAAUUCGCCCAUCUUUCCUGCUACUGUAUGUAAGUACUUAAAUCAUGUCUGACAAUAUUACGUGAUAACAAACAUUUUCUUUCCUAAUAUGUGGUUUGGCAAUCUCUCUGAUUCAUUCAGAGGGUUGUACUGUUGCUGGUAGGUUGUUCGGGGGUUAUCAGGAAGUCGCUGAUGACUUUUAAUUGUGUUUAUUACUUUUGUUUUUCCCCCCCUGUGCCAAAUCUAGUCCUGCUCUGGCCCUCAUUUAUUUUGUUUUUGUACGCUUCUCCAUUUGUGCCUUAUUUAUGUGUGUAUUAUCAUACUGCAUGUUGGUCCAUGGACAGUACCGAGGUCUAACACAGGCAGGAUGUGUAGUAUUACAGCCACAUUUUAAGGAACUUGCUCUGACUGACUCAGAACAGGUGAAGGGACCAUGUAUUCUGGUUAAUCAUCAUGUACUUCUGUGAUUUCCAACAGGGGGUUUUGAGAUUUGAGAGGAGGUGGAGGGGGAAAUAUAAACAUUAAUAAUAUACGGGGAAAUCAAGUGUGUGUGUGUCGUCCAGGGCACUGACCUGUUACAGUGAACAGCCAGCACAUCUUUUCUUCCACUUAAGCAAGCUACAGUUCCUGUAUCAUAUGUUCUUUAAGAAAGUCUAAAUAAUUUAUAUUUGUGACAGAACCACUCUUCAUGAGAAAUUGUGCUGUACAUAUGUUUGGACAUAUGUAAUAAACUUUGUUACACAAUGA